UUCCUUGGACGGAGCCGCGGCCGAAACGGAAUCACCCGAGAGAUCACACAUCUCGGGCUCCCGAUGGACUCCGCCUCGCCGCCCUCCCCGCCGCCGGCGCAGGCGUCCGCCGCAGAAGCCAGUGGGGCAUCCAAUGCCAGCCUGCGGUGGCGCAUCCUUCGCCGCGCCCUGCUCGCGCGCUCCGCCUCCACCUCCCGCGCACCAGAGGAAACUUCUAACGAUCAGCAAGAUAAAAAUGAUACUAACAAAAUUUCCAGAAAGACAUCGCGUGGCUUUGACCUGAUUGAGUGUCAUAUGCUGCCCAUUUCACAGUCAACUAAAUCACAUGGGGAUUCAUCAAGUAGAAAUGAGAAUAUUGUGGAAUGCCAUAAUGAUGUUCGUGUCUGUUACAAGCUACCUUGUGAAGGUUCACCUAAACUUAACCUAGUAUACAGAAGAGAGGAUUCCCUUGAACUAAAUGACAUUGUAGCUUCUAACAGAUACAAUAUUGACACUACUGGACUUGUGUGUUGUUGGCCGUCGGAAGAGGUCCUUGCGUACUACUGUAUCAACCAUUCGGAUAUGUUCAGGUCCAAGAAGGUGCUUGAGCUUGGAUCCGGUUAUGGGUUAGCUGGACUUGCUAUUGCAGCCAGCACAGAUGCUGAUGAGGUCGUUAUUUCUGAUGGAAAUCCACAAGUAGUUGGAUAUAUUCAGCAGAAUAUAUCCAUCAAUACAGAAACUUUUGGUCAAACAAAAGUUAAAUCUAUGGUACUUCACUGGGAUGCUGGGCAGGCUUCAGAAAUUAUUAGUUCCUUCGAUAUUAUUGUUGCAAGUGACUGCACAUUUUUCAAGCAAUUCCAUCAGAGCCUUGCACGGGUUGUCAAAUCCUUGUUGAAGCAUUCAGAAACCUCACAGGCCAUUUUCCUGAGCCCAAAGAGAGGCGAUUCACUCAGCAAAUUCCUAGAAGUAAUUAAAAAGAAUGGUUUGUCUUGUGAGUUGAUAGAGAAGUAUGAUCCCACUGUAUGGAAUAUGCACAAAAAAUAUGUAUCGGAUGAUAACAGAUCCUGGCCCAACUACAAUGAAGAGCACUGCUACCCUCUAUUGGUUAGAAUUAAUAGUCACAGCAAAUAGUUACCUCCAGACAUUUCGUUUGAUCUAUGAUGGGUUCAUUUGUGAUGUAAAAGCUUUAGCUAGUCUAUGUUGUAAUUUAUACAUUACAAUAGAAGUGGGUUAUCGGUUGAUAUUUUUCUUGAUAUCAUCUUUUUUUUC